AUGAAAACAGCAAUCGUCGUCCUUGCCAUUUUGGUAGUUGUUCACGCCGCCCUCUUUGGUAAGAAAAAGGAGGAAGACUCCUGCAAGGACAACGAGCCAGAAUACUGUAAAGAGAAGGUCCCGAAAGGAUUCUGUGAGUCACAGUUCCACACAUUGGAGCAAAAAAAGGCGAAAUGCAUGAAAUCGUGUAAAAUGUGCUGCGAUGAGGCGGAUCCCAAGUGA